ACCAAUAGAUAACAUAUCCAUUUGAAACCAACUGGAAGAUAAACCAGCAAAUAAACUACAGGUUUUCUCAUGAUGAAGMCAUCGAUCAUCGCUCAAUCGCUAAUCGGGUUAUUCGUUAUAUUCAAAGUCGUACAAACUGCUCCGGACACCAACGUCAUCAGCGUCCUUUGCAAUUCAGGAAUUUACACAAGAGGUGAUCCGUUUACCAUAAGUCUAGCAUACGUUCUUGAUGAACUAAAAAGGGUUACCCCUUCUGAACAAGGUCAUCACGACUACCACAAUAUCUCUCCGUACCCUAAUGCUUUUGCCUACGGUCAUGCUUUCUGUAAUCAAAGUCUUACGGGUACGGAUUGCAAAACGUGUUUGGAAGCAGCCGAAGUUGACAUGUUAGAUGCUUGCAUUAAUAGGAUCGGUGCCAGAGCCAUGCUUCAUGAUUGUGCUAUUAGGUGCGUGAAAAUGGCGGGAGAGAUGAGAUAAGGAACUUACAACGGAGUAUUUGACGAGCUU